CACAACCCAACAAGGUGAGACUACAGAACACAUCGCAUACAGAAGAAAAACUCUUCUAGAGAAUCGCACUUCGGAAUAGCCUAAAAUAAAACUGAGCUUUUAUGCACUGGAAAGUUACUAUUCUUCAACUUUAAUCGUUGGACAUGCCACCUCAAAUGGAUUAUUAUUGUGAAGAAUCCCGCGUCCCCUCUUCAUGCGGAUUGAUGAGCCAAGAGACCGGGUUGGAGAGGGAGCCAGCGCCCGGGUUGGAGAGGGAGCCAGCGGGUAUCAGCUGUAUGCUGGUGGGGGACGGGGCUGUGGGCAAGACAAGCAUGAUAGUCAGUUACACCAGCAAUGGAUACCCCACGGAAUACAAACAGACCGGCUUUGAUGUCUUUUCUGGUCAGGUCCAAGUAGAAGGAGCCCCAGUCAGAAUACAACUACUGGACACAGCUGGACAGGAGGUGUUUGACGAUUUCCGCUCCCUCUCUUACUCCCAGACGGACGUCUUCCUGCUCUGCUUCAGUGUGGUCAACCCCAACUCCUUCCACAAUGUCACCAACAAGUGGAUCCCAGAGAUCCGAGCCUGCAACCCCUCAGCUCCCAUCAUCCUCGUGGGCACCCAGUCCGACCUCCUGCUGGACGUCAACGUUCUGAUCAACCUGGCCCGUGGCGGGGUCAAACCAGUGCUGACCCCUCGGGCGCGGAGCAUGGCGGUGAAGAUCAGAGCGGCGGACUAUGUGGAAUGUUCUUCGUUGACGCAGAAGAACUUAAAAGAGGCGUUCGACGCGGCCAUUUUUGCUGCCAUCAAACACAAGGCCAGGAAGGAGAAGAAGAGGCAGCUGUCGGACAGACGCACCAAGGCCUUCUCUAAAUGCAGCUGGAAGAAAUUAUUCUGUUUUAUCUGAGAUGAGAUCCCAUGGGUCCUGGACAGAAUAAUGACUAUUAUUAUUUAUUAACUUAUGAAGACUUACUAAGAACUUGUAGCUUUGGAAUCAUCCCAGAAUUGGUAAAUUAACUGAAUUCUAUUGGAGUCCUGGACUGAAGACAGUGGUAUAGCGUACUUCAGUAGCCCUUGUAGGUAACCAAGUAAGAACGGGUACUGAAACAUAAUACAGACAAGAGAAUAUCAAAUCAAACCAAGGACAUUGAGUACAUCUUGUCAGUGGGACAAGGCUGUCAUGUAAAUGUUGUGAAUUCCUUUGCAUGGUCUGGAUUGGUGCCUUUUCCAACCUGAGAGUUUACUGCACUGCCUCUGUGUGAUAGUCAGAGAGUCAGUGGGUUGUGAGAGAGAAGGAUAUGUUUAGGUAGUCAGGGGUUGGUUGUUAGCCUUUUCUCAUUUGCAUUCUUUGCUGCCCAGCCUCACAGACCCAGGCCUAUUCAUAUUCAACAGUGUAUGUAGGCUGAAGUCACAGCGCUAGGCUAGGCGCUACCUUCUUACCUGUGUGUGAAUGGCUUCCACAGGUCAUUGUGUUGAUUAGUGCGGCACGUAGCCUAGCGGUUAGGGCAUUGGGCCAGCAACCGACGAGGUAAAAAAAAAAAUACGAAAAUCGCACUGCACUUUUUAUUUAUUUUAUUUUCCCUUUAUUUAACCAGGUAGGCUAGUUGAGUACAAGUUCUCAUUUACAACUGCGACCUGGCCAAGAUAAAGCAAAGCAGUGCGACACAAACAACAACACAGAGUUACACAUGGAAUAAACAAGCGUACAGUCAAUAAUACAAUAGAAAAGAGGGAAAAAAAGUCUAUAUACAGUGUGUGCAAAUGGUGUGAGGAGGUAAGGCAAUAAAUAGGCCAUAAUGGCUCCAGGGUCGCAACCCCACUCUCCGAGGGUGUCUCAGGGAGAGUUGGGAUGUGCCAAAAACCCAUAUAGGACUAAUAGGACAAAUGUAAGCACCCACCAAAUGAAUUAGAUAAAUUAUUAAGCUUUGAUGCAAUCAACUGUCAGUAUCAACACCUCUGACCUCCAACCUCUCACCUACCAACCGAUGUAGUGUUAUCACUCUGAUAGUUGUCGCAUGUCAGAAAAGUGACGGAAGGUUGGUCGAUUCAUUCUUUAACUAUGAUAAAUCUUAAGGCAGCUUGGGGAACAUAUUUUCAAUGUAAUGACUGUAUACAGUAUAGGCUAUAAUCCCCCAGCCUGAGGUGUGAGGCUUAAAAUCAAAUCUUAUGGUCACAUGUUUAGCAGAUGUUAUUGCUGAUGUAGCGAAAUGCUUUUUAUAACACAUCAAAAAUGAAAUACUGCAAAGUUGCUUCGGGGCUAAAAGCGCGGCUACCCCAUCUUUCGGCGCCAUCUUUUCUUGCAGCCUAAAGGCCUCUGCAGAAUGUUGGGUUUGCAGCCUAAAGGCCUCUGCAGAAUGUUGGGUUUGCAGCCUAAAGGCCUCUGCAGAAUGUUCCGUUGGGUUUGAAGCCUAAAGGCCUCUGCAGAAUGUUCCGUUGGGUUUGCAGCCUAAAGGCCUCUGCAGAAUGUUCCGUUGGGUUUGCAGCCUAAAGGCCUCUGCAGAAUGUUCCGUUGGGUUUGAAGCCUAAAGGCCUCUGCAGAAUGUUCCGUUGGGUUUGCAGCCUAAAGGCCUCUGCAGAAUGUUCUGUUGGGUUUGAAGCCUAAAGGCCUCUGCAGAAUGUUCCGUUGGGUUUGAAGCCUAAAGGCCUCUGCAGAAUGUUCCGUUGGGUUUGCAGCCUAAAGGCCUCUGCAGAAUGUUCCGUUGGGUUUGCAGCCUAAAGGCCUCUGCAGAAUGUUCUGUUGGGUUUGAAGCCUAAAGGCCUCUGCAGAAUGUUGGGUUGGGUUUGCAGCCUAAAGGCCUCUGCAGAAUGUUGGGUUGGGUUUGCAGCCUAAAGGCCUCUGCAGAAUGUUCCGUUGGGUUUGCAGCCUAAAGGCCUCUGCAGAAUGUUCCGUUGGGUUUGCAGCCUAAAGGCCUCUGCAGAAUGUUCCGUUGGGUUUGCAGCCUAAAGGCCUCUGCAGAAUGUUCCGUUGGGUUUGCAGCCUAAAGGCCUCUGCAGAAUGUUGGGUUGGGUUUGAAGCCUAAAGGCCUCUGCAGAAUGUUGGGUUUGAAGCCUAAAGGCCUCUGCAGAAUGUUGGGUUUGAAGCCUAAAGGCCUCUGCAGAAUGUUGGGUUUGCAGCCUAAAGGCCUCUGCAGAAUGUUCCGUUGGGUUUGCAGCCUAAAGGCCUCUGCAGAAUGUUGGCUUUGAAGCCUAAAGGCCUCUGCAGAAUGUUGGGUUUGAAGCCUAGCAGAACUCCACUAGGAGAAGUGAAUGUCUGUGCCUCGCAUACUCCCUUAAAAUAAAUGUUCUUAAAAAAAACGCAAUAAUACUCUUUGUCCCUCUUGAGACUCCGUAGCCAGUAUACACUUCCUCAAAAAUAAUCAGAAUUAAUCGAAAAUAACUCAAGAAAUCUGUAAUAAAUUGACAGGUUUUUUUUCCCAGAGGGGGUUCUUAGUCACGCAAUUUUGCAUGUAACUAAGAUGUUUGGUUCAGUAUUUCUCUAGGAAAUAAAUGUGAAAAUGAGUCGUCUCAUUGAAUGACAACCAUCACUACAUUGAAGAAUCCCUACUGUUGACCGAUCACCGCCUUUAAAAAGGCGUAGACUUCGGCUACUGAACUUCGGCUUGCCUCAAGAAAAAUGUUGUGUGCACGAACAGACGGAAAAAAAACAUUGCCAAAGACCAAAACGAACCUAAACGAGACAAAAAAAUGGCAUCAUAAUAUAGUAUACGCAGAAACUGUUUCGCAUGGGAAGCAUGCGGAUGCCUUUAGGAUGGCUAUGCAAACACAGCCUCUUAAACCAGAUCUCCAUCCUCCCCCAUCUUAAAUCAGUGUAAAGCCAGCAGGCGGGGUAGAGAAACUAGAGAGUAAUCUAACCUUACCCUGGCCCAGGAGAAAGCCCCGGCCCACUGUCUCUGUUUUAGCCUUUGUUUGUUUACAUCGGUAGUGAGUAGAGACUAGAAAACCCCAGGCAAUAGAAACCCCAAGACCAGUUAACCUCCAGUGAAUGAAACACCCCUCCUGUCUCUUUCUGAUUGUACUCCCUACUCUCUAUCUCCAGCAGAUUAAACCCUACUGCUCUAUUGAAUACACUGUGUACAUUAUAGUAAGCUAAAUAGCUCCUGCUUGACUGUUAACACUCACUUUAAAUAGCCUGGGUGCCCGUCUAGGUCUGUGGUUUAUUGGACAGGGAUGUUAUUGCCAGACCGAUGGUGACGGUCAGUCCUAGCUUGUUUAUAGAGAUGAGGGUUGGCAUCCAGGCUAUUUGCUGGUUAUGCUUCUCGUGGAAGAGCUAAUGUGAAUUUGAUAUAUAUUUCUGUUUGUUUUAAACAGUUAAUUGAAAGUCUUUUUGUCUGCAAUGUUACAGAUGACAAGGAAUUUUCACCAUAACUCGUUAAAAAGCUGUGAACAGUUUACCUUUGGGGAAUCGUAUAUUUCUGUCACUAAUCUUUUAAACCAAACCCUCUGUCAAUACUUUGCUUUUUCACACUGUGUUUGAAUGAAGCGAUGGAAAUAAAUAAUUA